AUGCCCAGGAGAAAGGCUGAAGGAGAUAAGGCCAAGGUGAAGGACAAACCAUGGAGAAGAUCUGCAAGGUUGUCUGCAAAACCUGCUCCUCCAAAGCCAGAGCCCAAGCCUAAGACGGCCCCUGUAAAGCAGGGAGAGAAGGUACCCACAGGCAAAGAGGGAAAAGCUGAUGCUGGCGAGGAUGGAAGUAACCCUGCAGAGAAUGGAGAUGCCAACACAGACCAGGCACCGAAAGCUGUAGGUGCUGGAGAUGCCAAGUGA